ACUUGGCUCAUUUUAGAGUGCAUGCAAGCCACUUACAUAGAUCUCCUCGUAGAGGAGCUAGGCUCCACGCAGUGGCUCUCCCCGAGCAGGGGCCAGCGGAGCGUCUUACAGUCCCGCCAGGGAAGGGAGUACUACCUACCCUACGGGGUGUGUAAGCCGCUCCGCUGGCACUCCGUGGGCCACUAGCCGUGGGGGCUUUUGUUCCUCUAACGAGGAAUUGCGUGAAGUAAGGGUCCUCCUCGCGAGCUGGGCAAUCAGUGGCCAACGAAGUGUCUUUCAGUCCAAAUGGGGGAAGAUUAAGAGUCAUUCUACGGACAUACGGACAUACUAGGGGACGGAUUCGUGGUGUCCCACGCACCAUGACCGAAUCUCACAUCCUUCAAUAAUGUGUGUCUCACUCAAAGUUAUAUAUUGUAGUCAUCUAUCCCCGCAACAAAACGUGCUUAUCUAAAAACCACGUGAACGUACUCGGUAAACAAAUCCCAUAAAUUGCCUGCAUCUACCGUAUCAUCCGAGCUUAUCAGUACUAAAACACGCGGUAUUCCCGGGGGCGUGCGCGCCCCGCCGCCUGCACAGUGCACACUACUACCCACGCGGUACUAUAUCGCCUAAACAACCACAAUGUUGUGACUCGAUCUCUCUCUCUAUCUUGACUGUCAUUUCUCCCCUUUUAUUUAUUCUUGCUUUCUUAUUUUUUUCUGCUCCUCUUUCUUUUUCCUUUUUCCUUUCCUCUUCUCCAGUUGACUCCUGGUUAACACCCACACCCCCCUCGUUCCAUUUAACCCACCAGUUCCCAAUUCCUUUUUCUUUGUUUGUGCGCAAUGUUUAAAUCUCCCUUAUCUUUCUUCUGGGGUAAACCAAAAGCAACAACAACAACAACAACAACAAAAGCAACACUUUCGACUAACUCCCAUGGCUCACCAGCGUCAACCAGCAGCCCAAAGACGGGCGGUCCAGUCACUCAAGCGUUCACCAUUGCAGGCAAAGGUGCUAGCAUGCUCAGAGUGUCUAUGAUCGAUUCAGAAACCGAUAAUGAUGACGGAUUUGUGGAUGUUCAAUUCCGCAAAUUGUCCUAUGCAGAAGUGGCCUCCCUUGCUCCUUCUAGAAAAAGAGCUUCCCCCACCGCCACCCCAGCAGCAGGUAGAAGAACUUCUAUAAAUGAGUAUGAAGUUUUACAAAAAGGUGCUGACGUGUCGGCGAUUGCAAGCGUUGCUAGUGCUGCAAAUUCUAGAUCACCCCUUAUCGAGGAAGAUUCUAAAGUUCUCGAUAAUGCGAUAGUACACAUAGAAGAAGAUUUACCAGAAAAGUUCAAAUCAGACGUUCAUUACAGAAAGGGCAAGAAGAAGAAGACUAGAAAGCCUAGAGUUUGAUCUUGUCAUGACGAUUCUUUUCGAGAGUUUUUUGUGUAGGGGGUUGGAGUUGCCCCUUAUCAAUCUCUCGAGCUUGUUUUUAUUAUGUGGAGUGGCGUAUCCUCGAGAAAAAAUAACACAAAUCCAAAUUCGCGAAUGUGUCCUUAGCGGGUCUUAUCGGAAGCGAACGAACAAAAAAAAUAAAAAAAAUAAAAAAAAUAAACACACCCACACUAAAGACACACAAAGAAUUUGAAUUAUAAGAGUCUUUUAACUGGCUUAUUUUUUCCACCUUUCCAAAGUAAUCAUAUAUUCAAACUGUUGUUAUUUAUUUACAAUUUAUUAAUUUAAAGAAAGAAAAAAAGAAAAA